AUGGGCAAGGGAUUCCAAAAUUUUAUGUCAAAGAAGGAUUUCCAUCCUAGUGCAUGGUGGAACCUUAAACGAAAAUGGGAAGCAGAACAAAAGGAUGAAAUGGAGAAAAAGAGACAAGAAGAACUUCGUGUUCAAUACCAAAAGGAGCAAGAAAUAUUCCAAAACAAAGCGCUUUUGGGUGAUGAAAAGGCAAAACUUGGACUUUCAUUUAUGUAUGAAGCACCUGCUGGAAUAAAUAAAAAGAAGGAAGAAGGGCCUGAACCAAAAUUUGAAUGGCAAAGAAAAUACAAUGCUCCGAGGGAGGAUUGGGCUAAAAAUAAUGAAUUGAUACAGGACCAACCUUUUGGAAUUCAGGUACGAAAUGUUCGCUGUGUCAAAUGCAAAGCUUGGGGUCACUUGAACACUGACAGGGAAUGCCCUCUUUAUGGAAUGAGUGGAAAUGCUGAAGAUCAUGGAUAUGCAAACAAUCCGUCAGAUUUAAUAAAAGAAUUGCGUCGAGAAAAGAUAGCAAAUGGAGAAGGGCCUUCAACAUCCUCAAGUUUUGUGGUCUCUAAAAAUGAAGAAAAAGAUGAAGAAUUAAAAUACAUAAUUGACAAAGAUAAAGAAGAAAGAAUUCGUUCAAAGACUAGAAGUGAAAGAAAAGAAGAAAAAAUGAAAAAAAGACAAUCUGAAAUUGAAGCGAAAAUGGAGGAAGAGGAGGAGGUUGAUGAAGAAGAGGAGAAGAAAAGGGAGCCUAUUGCACAAGAAAAGCUGUUUGAGGAUAUGAAAGAGGAACAUAAUUUGAAAUUUAAAAAUGGAAUUUUGAGCACUUUGAGAGCUGACGAAAAUAUAAAGAAGCUAACAACAUCAGUUGCUGGUAGUGGAGACAACAAUGCGCAAUUUCAUUCAUUUCUUAUGGGAUUAAGUGAAAAGAGGCGGAACAAAAUUAUGAGGAAAAUUUUCAAAUCGGGAAAUUCCGAUGAUGAAAAGGAUAAAAAGAAGAGCAAACACAAAGACAAAAAAUCAAAGAAGAGAAAGGAAGAGAAGAAGCACAAAAGGCACAGAUCGAAAGAUAGAUACAACAAGGACAGUCGAUAUAGUUCAAGGCGAUAAUUAUAUAGAGGGGUUUUAUAGGGUCGAACCUCGUUUCUUGGAUGCACCUGAUUAAGAUACUUCGAAUUUUGUUAGCAACUGGCUGGAGG